CCAGUAUCUGCCAAACGCCCACCACUUCCUCGCUCGCUGUUGGUGGUGCGUGUCUGGGUGUCUAGGUGGGCUGGUGUGUGUAGUACGUGUCUUAUUCGGGUUCCGGCUGGCUGUGGUGUUGACUGGGUACAGGGAAGUUUGGACCUGUUCGCUGGAAAAUGGCCACAGGAGCGAGGGCACGGGAGGAGAGACAGCAGAAGUGGGAGGAGGAGGAGGAAGUGCGUGGGUAUCUGAGGGAGGUGGCCCGCGCCUCGCCAACCCCCCGGGCCAGCCUCGACCAGGUGACACACUCCAGUUCCAAGUUCUUCGCUAAGUUUGCCGUCAGCUCCACCAGACUCAAGACUCACCUCCAGAAUGGCAAAAACCCGCGAGAUCUGGAGGCGCACAUCAACUCUGCCUACCCCGUGCUGCACCACCGCUGCCUGCCGCUGCUCGCCGCCUUUCUCCACUUCAAGACCAAGCACGGCACACGUGUCGAGAAGGCUGUGUAUGAGGGGAUGAGCCUGCUGGGACUGGUGGACCGUCUGCUGCUGAAGCGACCCGUGACCUUCCUUGGGCGGGAUGACCAGUACCUGCUGCGGGACGGCACGCGCGGCGGGGACUUCGAGAAGAUCGGUAAAGACUACGAGGCGCCGCCGCUCUGCCUGAGGGACUACCUCAGCUACGAUGAGAUGAAGCUCUCCGCGCUCCUCUCUGUCUCCUCGGCUUCCUUCUUCGUCAAUGACGGCAGCCGCAAAAACCAGGGCGUCCCCGGGGCGCGGGGCAGCUUCCAGGACUCCGGGGUCAUCGUGGGCAUGGUGGGCGCCAGGCUGAAGAAGGCGGGGUACAUGGAGUGGCAGGACUGUGUGGUGACGCCCAAGCAGAACACUCGCCAAGCUGGCUACGGGGCCUCGCGGGACGGCCAACACCUGCAGCAGCUGUGGGCCAGGCUGUGGGGCGUGACGCUGCCCGUGUGGGAAGGCGAGGGUCCGGCGGUGGAGAACGACUUCCUGCUCGUCAACAAGACCACUCGUCUCAACGUGGCGGCAUACAAGGCCAGGAUGCAGCUGACGGCGGAGACGCUGCUGGCUGAGGCCAAGAGCCGUGCCGUGGCGGCGGGCCUCAAGGCGUACGUGCACGUAGUCGGGCUCGGCCUGGGGGUGUGGCGCGCCUCCCCGCGCCAGGACGCCCUCUUCGUGGAGGCCUGGGGUGAUGCCAUCAAGGCCACGGACGUCACACACGUGGCACACAUUGACUUCAGCUGGAUCGGCGCCGCGGAGUGCCACGGCGUGUGGGACGGCCAGGUGUUCCCCGGCACGCAGGUGGUGGUGCACUUCACCAAGAGGUCCCUGCACGACCCUGUCCCUGCCGGCACGCUGCUGGUGGUGAGCUACGCCUGGGACGGCAACUCCAUGCCGGGCAACGAGUACUGGAUCGGCAAGCUGGCCAGCACGGGGGACGGGGCGGCCGCCUGCUCCUCGGGCGUGGCAGAGCUGCACAAUGCCUACAUCAACCCCAACGUGCGGGCCGCCAACUUGCACGUGGCGGGGCCCUGGGGCGUCAUGCACGUGGCCGAGUACGCCUCCCGUGUGUUAAGGUAAUGCGACACUCCCUGAGACCCCUCACGGCGCGGCGCGGGGCUGCAGUGCUGCACCGGUGCACCGCGUGGCCUUGAACUCGUCCACUGUGGCACGGAAGCUUUCCCGCGACUCCUGGCUUCCGGCGUGUCCUGGUGCGAGGCACGUGUGGGUGUGGGGACUCGGAGGCCUGUGGGUGUCAGCGUGGCAGUCCUCACAAGGGCACCGCCACCUACAUUUUAUUUACAUGGAUAUUGUGUUUUUUGCACUGGUUCCCAAAGAUUCCUAUUACAUGAUCUCUCUAUUGCUAGCGUUAAUUUGUGCUUUUGUUCAUGCGGUACCGUUACCAAUGUGUUGGAAAACCCUUUAAAUGUUGUAAUAAACUUUGACAUCUUC